AUGGUUGAAAUCCAGAUUGUGUCUGACUUGCACCUGGAAAAUCCAUCUGCCUACGAAAUCUUCGAGGUCACCCCCCACGCGCCAUACUUAGCGCUUCUCGGUGACAUAGGUGUGGUGGAGGAUGCAGGCUUUUUCACUUUCAUUGAAACUCAACUCGCCCAGUUCCAAGUAGUGUUCCUACUCCUGGGAAACCAUGAACCAUGGCAAUCAACAUGGUCAAAGACAAGACUGAGAAUAUCCGAGUUCUCUGACUCAGUCAAGAAUCGACGCACAUCAAAUGAAGCCGCAGCAAGGCCUCUAGGCGAGUUUGUCUUCCUGGACCAGACCCGACAUGACCUCUCCCCAGAGGUCACAAUUCUGGGAUGUACACUUUGGUCCGAUGUUGCCGAGGAAUACAAAGAGCGCAUCAGUUCUGGGAUCAAUGACUUCUACUAUAUCAGCGAUUGGAAUAUUGAAGAUCACAACAGCCGCCAUCGAGCAGACGUGGCCUGGCUUAACAGCCAGGUUACGCAAAUUGCAGCUUCUGAACCAGAACGGAAAAUUGCUAUUUGGACACAUUACAGUCCUGUCACAGCCGAUGCACGAGCAGUCCAUCCCAAGCAUGACAAUAGUCCUCUAUCCUCGGGAUUUACAACGGAUCUUUCUCGACAAGAAUGCUGGACAAAUCCGCAAGUGCGCCUCUGGGCAUUCGGGCAUACCCAUUACAAUACUGACUAUACUGAUGAAAUGACUGGGAAGCGGGUCUUCAGUAAUCAGCGAGGGUACUAUUUUGCUCAGGCUGCUGGAUUUGACAUGGAGAAGAUCAUUUGUAUUUGA